AUGUCCCCCAAGCUGGACCCCCAGCGGCGGUACCGCAUUGCCGUCGGCUGCGAGGGCUCGGCCAACAAGCUGGGCGUCGGCGUGGUAGCGCAUGCAGUCGGAGCCCGCGAUGGCGAUGCCGAUGCCGUGGUGGUGCUGGCCAACGUGCGCGACACCUUUUCGAGUCCGCCGGGGACGGGCUUUCUGCCGCGCGAGACGGCCGCGCAUCACCGGCAGGCGUUUGUGCGGGUGGCACAGCAGGCGCUGAAGGACGCAGGGAUUCGGCCGGCAGCCGUCGACUGCGUCUGCUUCACGCAGGGUCCCGGCAUGGGAGCGCCGCUGGCCGCUGUCGCUGUGGCUGCCCGCACGCUCGCGCUGCUCUGGCAGCGGCCUCUCGUGGGCGUCAACCACUGUGUCGGCCACAUCGAGAUGGGCCGUGCCGUCACCGGUGCUCGCAAUCCCGUCGUGCUGUACGUCUCGGGCGGCAACUCGCAGGUGAUCGCCUAUGCCGGCCGUCGCUAUCGCAUCUUUGGCGAGACCCUCGACACGGCCGUCGGCAACUGCCUCGAUCGGUUCGCUCGCACGCUGCGCCUGUCCAAUGAGCCGGCUCCGGGCUACAACAUCGAACAGCUCGCCAAGGGCCCCUUUCCUGAUGGCCGCAAACCCCUCUUGCUCGACCUUCCCUACGCUGUCAAGGGCAUGGACUGCUCCUUCUCUGGCGUCCUCACCCGCGCCGAUGAGUGGGCUGCCCAUAUGCUCGCCGGCAAGCCCGCACCCGACGGCCACACCACCAUCACCCCUGCCGACCUCUGCUUCAGCCUCCAGGAAACCGUGUUCGCCAUGCUCGUCGAGAUCACCGAGCGCGCCAUGGCCCAUGUCGGCAGCUCCCAGGUCCUCAUCGUCGGUGGCGUCGGCUGCAACGAACGCCUGCAGCAGAUGAUGGGCCAGAUGGCCGCCGACCGUGGCGGCUCUGUCUUCGCCACCGACGAGCGCUUCUGCAUCGACAACGGCAUCAUGAUCGCCCACGCCGGCCUCCUUGCCCACGAGUCCGGCUUCGAGACCGCUCUCCAGGAUAGCUCUUGCACCCAGCGCUUUCGCACCGACGAGGUGCUCGUCACCUGGAGGGACGACUGA